AUGGGGAAGAAGUCGAAAUCGAAGAAGGAGGCGCCCAAGGCCGCCGAGAAGGCUCCCAAGAGAACCCAUGACGAAGUCGAGACUGACCAGCUUGUUGACGAAGUCGAUGGCGAAUUCGACGAUGUAGCCGAGCUUUUGGGCCAGGACAUCAAGGACCCUGAUGCUCAGAAGGAGGCCAAGAAGAAGGCCAAAAAGGAGAAGGCCGAGGCCAAGCAGGCUGCUCAGGAUAAGGCCAUCAAGCCAACGGUGGAAAGGACCGCAGAGGACGAGACCGAGGUUGACGUUAACACCGACUUUGAGAAAGCCGAUCUCAGUGAACCCACCAUGAAAGCCAUCAGAGGAAUGAACUUCACGAAAAUGACCAAGGUCCAGGCCAAGACCAUCCCUCCGCUUUUGGCCGGCCGUGAUGUGUUGGGAGCUGCCAAGACCGGUUCCGGCAAAACGUUGGCUUUCUUGAUUCCAGCUAUUGAGCUCUUGUACUCGCUCAAGUUCAAGCCCAGAAACGGUACUGGUGUGAUUAUCAUUUCGCCUACCAGAGAGUUGGCGCUUCAGAUUUUUGGUGUUGCCAGGGAGCUCAUGGAGCACCACAGUCAGACUUUUGGUAUUGUCAUUGGAGGUGCCAACAGAAGACAGGAAGCUGAAAAGCUCAUCAAGGGUGUCAACUUGUUGAUUGCCACGCCCGGUAGACUUUUGGAUCAUUUGCAGAACACUGAAGGUUUUGUGUUCAAGAACUUGAAGGCGUUGGUUAUCGAUGAAGCUGACAGAAUUUUGGAGAUUGGUUUCGAGGAGGAGAUGAAGCAGAUCAUCAAGAUCUUGCCCAAUGAAAACAGACAGUCGAUGUUGUUUUCUGCCACGCAAACCACCAAGGUGGAGGAUUUGGCCAGAAUGUCCUUGAGACCUGGACCCCUCUACAUCAAUGUCGUUCCAGAGAACGCUGAUUCCACAGCCGACGGUUUGGAGCAGGGCUACGUCGUUUGCGAAAGUGACAAGCGUUUCUUGCUUCUAUUUUCCUUCCUCAAGAGGAACGCCAAAAAGAAGAUCAUUGUGUUCCUUUCGUCGUGUAACUGUGUCAAGUACUUUGGUGAGUUGUUGAACUACAUCGAUUUGCCUGUUUUGGACCUUCACGGUAAGCAAAAACAGGCCAAGAGAACGAAUACUUUCUUUGAAUUCUGUAACGCCAAACAAGGUAUCUUGAUCUGUACCGAUGUGGCAGCCAGAGGCCUUGACAUUCCUGCUGUCGACUGGAUCAUCCAGUUCGAUCCUCCAGAUGACCCAAGAGACUACAUCCACAGAGUGGGUCGUACUGCCAGAGGUACCGAGGGUAAGGGUAAGUCGUUGAUGUUCUUGACGCCCAACGAGUUGGGUUUCUUGAGAUACUUGAAAGCCGCCAAUGUGCCAUUGAACGAGUACGAGUUCCCUGCCAACAAGAUCGCCAACGUGCAGAGCCAGUUGACGAAAUUGAUCAAAAGCAACUACUGGUUGCACCAGAGCGCCAAGGACGGCUACAGAUCGUACUUGCAAGCAUACGCCUCACAUCAUCUCAAGACGGUCUACCAGAUAGACAAGUUGGACUUGGUGAAGGUGGCCAAGUCGUUUGGCUUUGACGUUCCGCCCAAGGUGAACAUCACGAUCGGUGCCAGCGGCAAGCUGAUCGAAAAGAAGCACAAGAAGCAGAGGAGGAGUUAG